UGUUUGGGAAGCAAAGGACAGACCGGCGCCGGAGGGGAGAACCUCUCCCCGAACAACUUAUUUUGAAAUUGUCACCAAGUAAGCCAACACCAUCUCUAUAUAAUCAGAAUAUCAUUGAUGGAGAAGGAAGCCGCAUUUUCUAGUACAGGCCUUUUACAGGUUCCCUUUGGACAUGUUAUCGGAUCUGAGAAAUGGCGAGGGUCUCAGUUAGCCCAAGGAAUGCAAGGGAAGAUUAAGCUCAUUUUUGAAGAAGACCUGGCACCAGUGGAUUUUCACCUUUCUAAUAGAUUCUGUAUUCUUUAUAUUACUGAAGCAGAUUUGGUGGCAGGAAAUAAUUAUAAAAAAAGAAUUGUUCAACUUAGAAAUGCCAGUAAUCUUCAAGGAAUUGUAAUAGUUGAAAAAACACAGAUGAGUGAACAGUACUUUACCGCAGUGCAGAAAUUUGUUGUCCUGGAACUUGGAAUGACAUUGCUUCCAGUGUCCAAUCAGAUAGAAGCAUCUCAGCUUAUUAUCCAACUGGUCCAUGAACAAACCAAAGAAAGAAAUAGGAAUCCUUUUCUUAAGAAGAAAAGCUGCCAGCUCUGUGAAUCAUCAGUACUUCAAACAGUACAACAGAUACCAGGAGUUGGAAAAGUUAUGGCCCUGCUUCUAUUACAGGAAUUUCCAAGUAUCCAAAAACUAUCCAAUGCAUCUAUCCAAGAACUUGAGCGAAUAGUUGGGCAUACGUUAGCAGAAAAAAUGCAUACAUUCUUUACCCAGACAAGGUGACAUGACAAAAUCCUAUGACAAUUUUUUUUUCCCUUCACUAUCACCAAAUGUAAGAUUGUUCUUUUCUAUACCUAAAUUGAAACCAAGGAAUCUACUUUUGUAUCUUGGAUCAAGUAUUGCAAGAAGAAGUCAACUGAGAACCAUGAUCUCUGUGCUCAUAUUUUCAUAAG